GUGACGCUCCGCCCCCGCUCAAGGAAACUAGUUCGACUUUCUCACCUUUUAAUUGUCCAGAUGUAGAGACAGACGAGCUGUCGACGGCGAGAAGAAACAUCCCUCAGUUUGUUUUCUUUUUCAGUUCAGAAGGACAGACACCAGUUGGAGAUGAGAGUGUAGAAGAGACUCUUGUCUUCUUUCCUCCGAAGCGCGCGGGCAUCAUGACGCCGCGCUCGUGCGUCGGUCUGUGGACGCUGCUGCUGCUGCUCUGCGCUCUGCUCAGGGACACCCAGGCGCUUUGUGACAGCAGUUGUUCAUCGGAAGUAAAGCUGACGUCAACAACGACCAAUAUCACUGUGACUGCUGUCAACUGUAGCAUCUCCACUGACGGCAAAAACUCGACAGAUGGUGUGAUAACUGCUCUGACUCCUGGAACCAUCUAUGAUGUCCAGGUUCAUUGUUUCAUUCUCAGCUGCUGCGAAACUGUCACAACAAAACCUGGAGCUGUGAAAAUUCUCAGUGGUACGGUUACAACGUCCUCCAUCUUUGUGACCUGGACAGCGCCAGAUGGAGGAAAGUCCUUCUACAGAGUUAUCUGGACACAUGAAAAUCAACCCCGGAAUGUCCAAACCACUGAAACAUCUGCAAACAUCACCGGCCUGACAGCUGGGACCCGGUAUGAUAUAACUGUCACUGCAGUGGCAGAAGAUCAUCAAACUGAAGGAGAAGCUUCAACUUUGACGAAGUACACAAAGCCUGAAGUAGUCAGAUAUCUGAAUGUCACAGAAAAAACAACAACGUCUACGUAUCUGAACUGGACCAAACCAAAUGGAAACUACUCUUUCUAUAGAGUAAAUUGGACAGAUGGUUCAAUUUACUUUAAUACCACUGUCAAUGAAACAAAUAUAAAUGUCAGUGAUCUGACUCCUGGAGUGAAAUAUACUUUCACUGUCCAAUCUGUGGCUGGAGAUAACAAAACUGAGAGUGAAAAGAGUGAAAUCUCUUCUUAUACACAGCCUGAAAUAGUCACGAAUCUCAAUGCCAGUGAAAUAACAACAACCUCUAUAUAUCUGAACUGGACCAAACCAAAUGGAAACUACUCUUUCUAUAGAGUACAGUGCACAGACGAUUCGAUUUACUUUAAUCCCACUACCAGUGAAACAAACAUAAAUGUCACUGAUCUGACUCCUGGAAUGAAAUACACUUUUACUGUCCAAUCUGUGGCUGGAGAUAACAAAACAGAGAGUGAAAUGAGUGAAAUCUCUUCUUAUACACAGCCUGAAGUAGUCAGAGAUCUAAUUGUCAUGGAACAAACAACAACCUCUAUAUAUCUGAACUGGACCAAACCACAUGGAAACUACUCUUUCUAUAGAGUAAGAUGGACAGAUGGUUCAAUUUACUUUAAUACCACUGUCAGUGAAACAGGCAUUAAAGUCACUGAUCUGAUUCCUGGAGUACAAUACAGAUUUACUGUCCAAUCUGUGGCUGGAGAUAACAAAACUGAGAGUAAAAAGAGAGAAAUCUCGUCCUAUACAAAGCCUGAAGCCAUCAGAAAUCUAAUUGUCAUGAAACAAACAACAACGUCUAUAUAUCUGAACUGGACCAAACCAAAUGGAAACUACUCUUUCUAUAGAGUAAGAUGGACAGAUGGUUCAAUUUACUUCAAUACCACUGUCAAUGAAACAAAUAUAAAUGUCAGUGAUCUGACUCCUGGAGUGAAAUACACUUUCACUGUCCAAUCUGUGGCUGGAGAUAACAAAACUGAGAGUGAAAAGAGUGAAAUCUCUGCUUAUACACAGCCUGAAAUAGUCAUGAAUCUCAAUGCCAGUGAAAUAACAACAACCUCUAUAUAUCUGAACUGGACCAAACCAAAUGGAAACUACUCUUUCUAUAGAGUAAAAUGGACAGAUGGUUCAAUAUACUUCAAUACCGCUGUCAAUGAAACAAACAUAAAAGUCACUGAUCUGACUCCUGGAGUGAAAUACACUUUUACUGUUCAAUCUGUGGCUGGAGAUAACAAAACAGAGAGUGAAAUGAGUGAAAUUUCUUCUUAUACACAGCCUGAAGUAGUCAGAGAUCUAAUUGUCAUGGAACAAACAACAACGUCUAUAUAUCUGAACUGGACCAAACCACAUGGAAACUACUCUUUCUAUAGAGUAAGAUGGACAGAUGGUUCAAUUUACUUUAAUACCACUGUCAGUGAAACAGGCAUAAAUGUCACUGAUCUGAUUCCUGGAGUGAAAUACACUUUCACUGUCCAAUCUGUGGCUGGAGAUAACAAAACAGAGAGUGAAAUGAGUGAAAUCUCCUCCUUUACACAGCCUGAAGUAGUCAGAGAUCUAAUUGUCAUGGAACAAACAACAACGUCUAUAUAUCUGAACUGGACCAAACCACAUGGAAACUACUCUUUCUAUAGAGUAAGAUGGACAGAUGGUUCAAUUUACUUUAAUACCACUGUCAGUGAAACAGGCAUUAAAGUCACUGAUCUGAUUCCUGGAGUACAAUACAGAUUUACUGUCCAAUCUGUGGCUGGAGAUAACAAAACUGAGAGUAAAAAGAGAGAAAUCUCGUCCUAUACAAAGCCUGAAGCCAUCAGAAAUCUAAUUGUCAUGAAACAAACAACAACGUCUAUAUAUCUGAACUGGACCAAACCAAAUGGAAACUACUCUUUCUAUAGAGUAAGAUGGACAGAUGGUUCAAUUUACUUCAAUACCACUGUCAAUGAAACAAAUAUAAAUGUCAGUGAUCUGACUCCUGGAGUGAAAUACACUUUCACUGUCCAAUCUGUGGCUGGAGAUAACAAAACUGAGAGUGAAAAGAGUGAAAUCUCCUCCUUUACACAGCCUGAAGUAGUCAGAGAUCUAAUUGUCAUGGAACAAACAACAACGUCUAUAUAUCUGAACUGGACCAAACCACAUGGAAACUACUCUUUCUAUAGAGUAAGAUGGACAGAUGGUUCAAUUUACUUUAAUACCACUGUCAGUGAAACAGGCAUUAAACUCACUGAUCUGAUUCCUGGAGUACAAUACAGAUUUACUGUCCAAUCUGUGGCUGGAGAUAACAAAACUGAGAGUAAAAAGAGAGAAAUCUCGUCCUAUACAAAGCCUGAAGCCAUCAGAAAUCUAAUUGUCAUGAAACAAACAACAACGUCUAUAUAUCUGAACUGGACCAAACCAAAUGGAAACUACUCUUUCUAUAGAGUAAGAUGGACAGAUGGUUCAAUUUACUUCAAUACCACUGUCAAUGAAACAAAUAUAAAUGUCAGUGAUCUGACUCCUGGAGUGAAAUACACUUUCACUGUCCAAUCUGUGGCUGGAGAUAACAAAACUGAGAGUGAAAAGAGUGAAAUCUCCUCCUUUACACAGCCUGAAGUAGUCAGAGAUCUAAUUGUCAUGGAACAAACAACAACGUCUAUAUAUCUGAACUGGACCAAACCACAUGGAAACUACUCUUUCUAUAGAGUAAGAUGGACAGAUGGUUCAAUUUACUUUAAUACCACUGUCAGUGAAACAGGCAUUAAACUCACUGAUCUGAUUCCUGGAGUACAAUACAGAUUUACUGUCCAAUCUGUGGCUGGAGAUAACAAAACUGAGAGUAAAAAGAGAGAAAUCUCGUCCUAUACAAAGCCUGAAGCCAUCAGAAAUCUAAUUGUCAUGAAACAAACAACAACGUCUAUAUAUCUGAACUGGACCAAACCAAAUGGAAACUACUCUUUCUAUAGAGUAAGAUGGACAGAUGGUUCAAUUUACUUCAAUACCACUGUCAAUGAAACAAAUAUAAAUGUCAGUGAUCUGACUCCUGGAGUGAAAUACACUUUCACUGUCCAAUCUGUGGCUGGAGAUAACAAAACUGAGAGUGAAAAGAGUGAAAUCUCUGCUUAUACACAGCCUGAAAUAGUCAUGAAUCUCAAUGCCAGUGAAAUAACAACAACCUCUAUAUAUCUGAACUGGACCAAACCAAAUGGAAACUACUCUUUCUAUAGAGUAAAAUGGACAGAUGGUUCAAUAUACUUCAAUACCGCUGUCAAUGAAACAAACAUAAAUGUCACUGAUCUGACUCCUGGAGUGAAAUACACUUUUACUGUUCAAUCUGUGGCUGGAGAUAACAAAACAGAGAGUGAAAUGAGUGAAAUUUCUUCUUAUACACAGCCUGAAGUAGUCAGAGAUCUAAUUGUCAUGGAACAAACAACAACGUCUAUAUAUCUGAACUGGACCAAACCACAUGGAAACUACUCUUUCUAUAGAGUAAGAUGGACAGAUGGUUCAAUUUACUUUAAUACCACUGUCAGUGAAACAGGCAUAAAUGUCACUGAUCUGAUUCCUGGAGUGAAAUACACUUUCACUGUCCAAUCUGUGGCUGGAGAUAACAAAACAGAGAGUGAAAUGAGUGAAAUCUCCUCCUUUACACAGCCUGAAGUAGUCAGAGAUCUAAUUGUCAUGGAACAAACAACAACCUCUAUAUAUCUGAACUGGACCAAACCAAAUGGAAACUACUCUUUCUAUAGAGUAAGAUGGACAGAUGGUUCAAUUUACUUUAAUACCACUGUCAAUGAAACUGGCACAAAUGUCACUGAUCUGACUCCUGGAGUGAAAUACACUUUUACUGUUCAAUCUGUGGCUGGAGAUAACAAAACAGAGAGUAAAAAGAGAGAAAUCUCGUCCUAUACAAAGCCUGAAAUAGUCAUGAAUCUCAAAGCCAGUGAAAUAACAACAACGUCUAUAUAUCUGAACUGGACCAAACCAAAUGGAAACUACUCUUUCUAUAGAGUAAAAUGGACAGAUGGUUCAAUUUACUUUAAUACCACUGUCAAUGAAACUGGCACAAAUGUCACUGAUCUGACUCCUGGAGUGAAAUACACUUUUACUGUUCAAUCUGUGGCUGGAGAUAACAAAACAGAGAGUGAAAUGAGUGAAAUCUCCUCCUAUACAAGGCCUGAAGUAGUCAGAGAUCUCAGCGUCACGGAACAAACAACAACGUCUGUAUAUCUGAACUGGACCAAACCAAAUGGGAACAGCCCUUUCUACAGAGUAAUGUGGAAAAAUGAUUCAAGUUCUUGGAGUGACAAUGUUACUGAAACAAGCAAAAAUGUGACUGAUCUGACUCCUGGAGUGAAAUACACUUUUACUGUCCAAUCUGUGGCUGGAGAUAACGAAACUGAGAGUGAAAAGAGUGAAAUCUCCUCCUAUACAAGGCCGAACAAGCCUGUAAACAUUACGGUCACACGCCGAGGAACUGACCACCUCGACAUUACCUGGAGUUUUUCUGGAGGAAAGGAUAAUUUUGAUGUUAACAUCUCAAAUUCAGCCCUGGAACUCAUGAACGUCAGCCGAACCAUUGUCUCCUCGGCCAGCUUCACAGGUUUACGUCCUGGGAGAAUCUUUAAGGUCACCGUCACAGCCGUCGCCGGAGCCUUUCAGACUGCGUCCGAUGUUUUCCCAUUUGCAACCUUUCCCACACCACCUCAGGAAAUCAACAUCACUGCCAGAACCAACUCUUCAAUUAAUCUGACGUGGGGCGCCCCGGACAGAAUGGAGGGUGCUCCAGACGUCAGAUACAACAUCGCCUACCCACGAGAUGACGGUGGCGGAUAUGAAAGUGAAGACACCAUAAACACUAAUGCAGAGCUGUCUUCACUCUCAUCUGGAACCUCCUACUGUAUAAAUGUUACAACUGUUGGCCCGCAGAAUUUAACCAGCACAGCUGAGGAAAAGUGUUCCUUUACCUUGCCAAAUCCGGUGCUGAACCUAGUUGCCCGCCCGGACUCGAACACUGCAGUGACGGUGCAGUGGUCACACCCUGACGGAGUCCAGCCACAUUACAGCUACUCAGUUCAAGUUUUCAACGCCACAGGAGCUCUGGUGAACUCUCAGACAGUGAAGAUUACCAGCGCUCAUGUUCCUGACCUGGAACCAGCGUCUAAAUACAUUAUCAAAGUCACAACAGUUGCUGCAAGUGAAAGCAAGGCUGCAGCGGUGGAGGCAUCCUGCUACACAAUGCCCAACGCCGUGACUGAACUCAUCGUGUCGCAUGCGAACGCCACGUCCAUCCGGCUGCAGUGGCUCAGGCAAAACGAUCAUCAGCCAUCAUUCAUAUAUCAGGUCGAAGCCUUCUUGGGCAGUCAGGUGGUUCACAACAAGUCAACGCACAAUGAGACGCACACCAUUUACAGUCUCAUUCCGGGAACACAGUACAAAUUUCGAGUCUUCGCAGUUUUCCAAAAUGUCCGGUCUGCACCAGCAAGCAUCGAGCAUUACACAGAACCUGAAAAGGUUUCUGACGUGACUGUUGUUGGAAGCACUGUGGACCUGUCAGUGAGCUGGGAGCUGGUGUCAGGCCAGGUUUCCUCAUACUUUGUGCAGCUGUACAGCGGGGACGAAAAAAUUCAGAACACAACAGACCUGAGCAAUGAGACUAAGAACGUCCAGUUCAGUGGCUUAAAGCCAGGAGUAGAGUACUGUGUGGUGGUGAGCACCAAAAGUGGACCUCAAGUAAUCCAUGGCCAAAAGGUGUGCAACGCGACCUUUCCCAACCCUCCCGGCCGCAUCACGGUGCAAUCUCAGACGUUCACGUCCAUCAACUUCACCUGGACGUCCCCAGAGAACAUGACCCGUGAUCAGUACAAUUUUAGUGUGACGACAGUUAACGGCUCAUUUCCGACUGUCAACAACUGGUAUCUUCUGGACAAGCUCGAGUCUGGAAGUCCCUACAGCAUCUCAGUAGUUACUGUGGGUGUGAGAGGAUACCAGAGCACAAGCGUGACGGCACAAAACUACACCAGACCGUUUUCUGUCACCAAUCUAAAACCGACAGAAAUCACUACGGAUACGGUCACCCUGGUGUGGACUCAGCCAGGGAGCAAGUCGGACUACUCCUAUUCUGUGAAGUUUGGUAACGAUUCAAGAAUACUGAAUUCUACAACUAUAAAAAUCUCUGGGCUUACAUCAGGGAGCAACUUCAGCCUCACGGUCACGACGCGGACCGCAGAUGGCACUGAGGCUGAUCCUGAGACCGUUUCUUACUUCACACGUCCACAUCCUGUCCAAAACCUGCGUCCUGAAACCUUAAACACAACUGCGAUACGCUUAACCUGGGUGGAACCACUCGAGUACAAGGACAACUACCGGUAUUCGGUUAAGGUGACAGGCUGUGGCAACCAAACCAAAAACCUGAAGAACAACUCUGUGGAGAUUUCAGGGCUCAACCCCGGCACCAACUGCACAUUCUGCGUUUCUGUUAAAGUCGAAGACACUGAAGGGGCAAAAGACUGCGCCUCUCAGUACACAAAGCCUGAGACUGUGCAGCCAACUGUCUCCACUCAGUCCAAUGACUCCAUCCAGGUGUCGUGGACCAAACCUGCUGGAAAUGUGGAAAAAUAUCAAGUUAUUCUAAGCAGAUCUUCCAGUGAUUUAACUGGAUCGACGCAGCCGCAAUCUGUUGAACUGGACUGUAACAGUACUGCCUGUCUGUUUGGAAACCUUUCGGCUGGAAGGCUUUACAGCGUUGAGGUUUCCACGUACAGCGGACCCUUCAAUGCCACAUCCGGAUCAAAACAAAAUGCAACUUUUCCAAACCCUCCCGGGCCGAUUGAGAUCCUCUAUAAGACGAACAGCACGAUCCACUUCAGAUGGGCGGAGGCUCCUUUGAUGGGAGGUGCACAGUUUUUCUACCGGCUGACUCUCACCCCAUCAGCGGACGGAAACGUCGCUAACAAGACCACCAACACAACCAACAGUACUUUUGGCUCGCUUCCUUCUGGGACGCUGUUCACCGUCUCUGUGUCGACUGUGGGAAUUUUGGGUUUUGAGAGUCAGGAAGUGAAUGAAUUGGUCUCUACAAGACCGCUGAGCGUGCCGUAUGUGAUGCCCACCGCACAUGAGACUCACAUCCAAGUCAUCUGGGCGAAACCUGAUGAAUACAAAGCUGAUUAUCGGUACAAUGUUACCUGGAAGGGGUCAGAUGAAGCCUCUGGUAAAAGCGUCGUAGUUAAUGAUACCGACUACACAGUAGCUGAGCUGAUUCCUGGAAGCCGCUACAACAUCAGCGUGACCACAGAGACCUCUGAUGGGACGCAGGCUGAGCCGAGCUACAACUCCACCUGCACACGUGCAAGUCCAGUACAAGAAAUACUUUGUGAACCCCUGAAUGCAGUUAAUGCACUGAUCCCCUUGACAUGGCCCAAUCCCAGUGGCCAAUACUCCGGAUUCAUGAUCUCUGUGAAUGGCACACAGAUGAAGGAAAACAGCGCAUGUUGCAGCCAGAAUGUUUCCAACCUCCGCCACUGUACCGACUACAACAUCAGCGUUGUAACGCUAAGCUGCGGAGAAGCCAGCACUCCAAAGGAAAAAACAUGCAAGACCGGCAUCACAAAUCCACCCAUCCCAUCAGAUUAUGUGUCAAAAGUUACAACUGAUGCACAGGAUCACAACAAGUUCUCCAUCAAGAUUGACCCCAGCCUGUUCAACGCAACCAAUGGACCGAUCACACAUGUUGGUGUGCUGGUAACAACUAAAACCAUUGCCAACUGCUCCGACUGCGCGACGUACUUGGGGAAAACUUAUGAGGAUUUUAAAAAGGGCAAUGCUCCGGCAUAUCUGGCAACAGUCACGGCGCUGCAGUCGUCUCGCAGCGCUCAGGACCUGAGUAUAGAAGUGGGAAAUAAUGCUGUGUGGGAAGGCUACCCUAACAGUGCUCUGGAAGCCAACACAAGAUACUGGUACGGCAUUGUACUUUUCACCAGUCUGAGUGUAGAGCAGAGCCUUGUGGUCAGUGGAGCGUCUCUGUUUUCACAGACUGACAUUAUCUUCACUGCUAAGCUCGAUGUCGACCCAGUUGUCAUUGGGAUGGCUGUGGGAGUGACGCUGGGGAUUUUCUGCAUCCUCUUCAUCGUUCUGAUUGGAUUCAUCAUCUUCUGGAAAAGACUGUCCAAAAAAGAAUCACCAGAAAUCCAGAUUCAUUCCCUGAGAGCCAAAGUGAGCGUGCCCGUGAGGGUGGAGGACUACGAGGCCUACUUCAGGAAGCAGAGGGCCGACUCCAACUGUGGCUUCGCGGAGGAAUUUGAGGACCUGAAGACCGUGGGCACCGCUCAGGCAAAAAUCCAUGCUCUGUCUCUGGAGAACAAGCCCAAGAACCGCUAUACCAACGUCCUUCCCUAUGACUCCUCUAGGGUGAAACUCUCUAUAAUCCAUGGGAGUCCAAACGAUGACUACAUCAAUGCUAACUACAUGCCGGGCUACAACUCCAGGAAGGAGUUUAUCGCAGCUCAGGGUCCUCUGCCUGCCACAGUCAACGAGUUCUGGAGGAUGAUCUGGGAGAAGAACGUGCAGACUCUGGUCAUGCUGACACGCUGCAAUGAACAGGGACGAGUAAAAUGUGAGCAGUACUGGAGUCCGGGCACAAAGCACUUUGGAAACAUCACUGUGACCACAACCUCUGACAUACCGCUUGAAGACUGGACCAUCAAGGACUUUACCAUUAAAAAUUUGAAAACAGCCGAGACGCGUUCGGUCCGUCACUUCCACUUCACCGCCUGGCCGGAUCACGGCGUACCGGAAACCACAGAGCUCCUCAUCAGCUUCAGACAUUUGGUCAGAGAGCACAUGAACCAGUACUCCAGACAUUCUCCCACUGUGGUCCACUGCAGUGCUGGUGUGGGCCGCACUGGUACCUUCAUCGCCAUCGACCAUCUCAUCUUCCAGAUCGAGAGGGAAAACAUCGUGGAUGUGUACGGCAUCGUUCACGAACUGCGCAUGCAUCGGGCCCUGAUGGUGCAGACCGAGGAGCAGUACGUGUUCCUGAACCAGUGCGCUCUGGACAUCAUCCGAUCGAGAACAGGGACCAACGUGGAUCUGAUCUACCAAAACACUGCUGCGCUCUCCAUCUAUGAGAACCUGGAACCCCACAGAGGACUUUUAAAAAACAAAGACCAAGACACAUAAGCUCAGAUAGCCGGUCCGCUCCGUAUCAACUGUUUUCUUUUUUAAAAAUAAAUUUAUAGAGGGACUGAUUUUAACUAAUUAUUAUUUAUUGAUUAAUCAUUUUCCUGAGCAACUUCUGUUUUCCUGGAUUCAAACUUUGUGGUAUCUCUUUGUUUUGAAUAUUUGAUGAAUGAGGGAAUUGAAAUGAAGAUUCAGAUGUGUGUGAAAUCACUGACCAAAAAUAUAAAGAUUGUAUAUUUUUUUAAUCCAUUUUUCUUGCGUUCUACUGUGUAUUUUAUAUUUUUUUCCACUCAGGUAGUCUACUGAAUGCUGUAUUUUUACUGAAUCUUUUGAUAAAGAAUAACUUGUGAAUAUUUAAACUUGUGGAAAAGCACAUGCUGGUUGACCAUUGCCUUUUAUCAGCCUUUAUGCCUUAACACCAGCAGGUGGCAGCCUUUUGUUUAUGUGUAAAAGAUUGUUUUGUGAGACAGGAACCCCAAAAAUUACACAUUUUUUUAAUCAUGUCUUAAGACAAUAUCAACUGUGCAAUGUUUAUUUUUUAAUGAAGGAAUUUUGUGGUUUGUUGGAGAGUCUACAUGCACUGUUUUCUGAUUAAUGCACUGGAUGCAUAUGUCUUUACACUGUCCUGGACACUGAGAUGUUGCUCUCAGGAUUGUCGAAUAUGUUUUAUUUUUUGCUUUGUGACACAGUUUGCAACAUUUAUGCUCGUAUUAAUGUCAGAUGGUUAUAAUUUAGUUUUUUUUUUUCCCUCAGAAAACGAGCUUGUGUUCGGAAAUCCAUAUUGUGCCCGUUUCCAUUCUCAAAAGCAUCCAUUGUUUUGUCCCGUUAAUGCCCUUCUUUGCCACACUUGUACAUUCCUCACAUAAAUGUGGAGUUAUGUCACUUCCCACUGCGUAUCUGAUCCAUCUCAAGACAUUUCCUGUGCUGUUAAAGCGAGCAGGGAAGGACAGGUUUUAUUUUCAGCUUCUGAAGGUCAGAAUUUUCCAUGAGGCAGGUACUUCUUCUUCCUCCCAGAUAACUGGUGUACGUGGGUGGCUUGUAAAUAUUUGAAGUCCUUGUUUUACUUUUCUUUGAUAUUACGGGGGGGAAAAUGUAUGCACUUACGCUUUUGAUGAAACAAAAGUAGAGAAGAACUUUUUGUUGUGCUUUAUGAGAUGCUUGCUGGUACAAUGCAAAUAAAAGGCCGGUUUUUGAAAAUAUGUGUACAGCUUUCAAUUUGUCGAAUGGAUUAGAAUUAAAGAUAUAAGUAUGUUGUAGCAUCAAUCUCCUUUUUACUGUCGAUCACAGCUUUUUUCUCCCAGGAUUAUGUUUUUAAUUGUACACUUGUAACAUAUUACCUAACCGCAGCACGUCAUUGUUUUUUUUUUGUCCUAAAGAAGAAAGGUUGAAGGUCACAACUCAUCGUCGUACUCACAGGCACUGAAUGGCCUCGGGCCGAAAUACAUCUCAGAUCUAUUUAUAGAAUGUGAAACACGGAGACCCAUGAGGUGAUCAGGGAGAUGUUCACUAAAUGUUCCCAGAGUCAGAAGAAAACAAGGUGAAGCAGCUUUUAGUUCCUACCCUCCUCACCUGAGGAACAAACGGAAUGACACACUGAUUCCUUUUAAAUCAGGACUUCUGACAAAAUUAUCUGCUCCAGCUUUCCAUUAAUCAACAGAUUUGAUU